CCUUCAACUACCAGUCUUCCCUCCUUCCAAACUCUUCUGAAAUCAAGUUUCAUCGUUCCUUUGCUUCAACAAAAAAAAAAGUUUCAUCGUACCUUUGCUUAAUUUCCUGAUAAGUGACCGUAGUUUUUAUGCACAAAAAUUAAUGAUCACCAGUUCUUUUCGCAUAUAAGCAGUCAACAGUAGUUUAGAUCAUAGAAAUAGCUAAGUUUAGUUGAAUACUACACUGUGAAGCCCCAGACAACCUCCAUGUCCAGCAUGGUGCAAACUUUAUCUUCCAUGGCCAACGCCAUACUUGACCAACCAACUGUUAUAGCUGUUACUGUAUUUGUGGCUCUCCUCUGUGCAUGCAUAGUAAUCGGUCACCUGGUGGAAGAGAAUCGAUGGGCUAAUGAAUCAAUAGCUGCCCUUCUGCUGGGAUUGGCUUCUGGAGCUGUGGUAUUGCUUGUCAGAAAAGGCCAAAGUUCACAAGUGUUGGUUUUCAAUGAGGAUUUAUUCUUCAUAUAUCUGUUGCCCCCAAUCAUUUUCAAUGCUGGUUUCCAGGUCAAGAAAAAACGAUUUUUCAAAAAUUUCUCGGUGAUAUUGUUGUUUGGGAUAUUCGGAACAAUCAUAUCUUUCUGCCUUAUAACUCUGGGUGCCUUUCUACUGUUUAAAAAGAUUGGUAUAACAUCCUUGACUAUGAAAGAUUGUCUAGGUAACAAAAACAGACAAAUAAAGAUUUCAUCAAAGGCCAUCUAUAUUCAGGUCCUCAGUCAAGAGCAAACACCCUUCCUUUACAGUGCUGUCUUUGGUGAGGGGGUGGUGAAUGAUGCAACCUCCAUUGUACUUUUCAACGCAGUCCAGUCAAUUGACAUCAGUGAUAUUGAUGGCUUGACAGCAUUAAAGUUGCUGGGAAACUUCUUAUACCUCUUCUUCACGAGUACUAUUCUGGGUAUUGCUGUGGGACUCUUGAGUGCUUUUGGGAUAAAGACACUGUACUUUGGGAGGCAUUCAACGGAUAGAGAAGUUGCAAUCAUGAUGCUCUUGGCAUAUCUAUCAUAUAUGGUGGCUGAGCUGUUGUCGCUAAGUGGAAUUCUGACAAUUUUCUUCUGUGGUAUUGUCAUGUCACAUUACACAUGGCACAACGUAACUGAAAGCUCUCGUGUAACAACCAAGCACGCAUUUGCCACACUAUCUUUCAUAGCAGAAACUUUUAUAUUCAUUUACGUGGGAAUGGAUGCAUUGGACAUCACAAAGUGGAAAGAAAGCAAUGCGAGUGCAGGAACUUCAAUUAUUGUUAGUUUGGCUUUGUUUGCACUCGUAUUGGUAGGAAGAGCUGCCUUUGUUUAUCCUAUUUCUUGCAUUCUAAAUUGCACUAAACAAGGCAGUGAAGAGAUUGAGAUAAAGAAGCAGUUCAUUAUAUGGUGGGCAGGGCUAAUAAGAGGUGCAGUCACUAUUGCUUUAGCCUACAACCAGUUCUCAUCGUCUGGGACAAAAUCAGCAAAUGUGGACUCUAUGAUGAUUACUUGCAUCAUCAUUGUUGUACUAUUUAGCACAGUGGUUUUUGGUUCCGUGACAAAGCCUCUGAUUCAAGCAGUGCUACUAAACAAUGCAAACCCAUUGACUUCUAGGGAAAAUGAUUUUGUAAGUUUAGAAGACCUGAGACUCUUGUCUCUGGAAAAUGGAGGGCCAGUAGAUAAUGGCAACAACCAAUCAGCCCCAAGACGAAGUAAACUCCAAUUGUUCAUCAGACAUCCAACAUCAACUGUUCAUCACCUUUGGAGGAAAUUUGAUGAUAAAUUCAUGAGACCAGUUUUCGGUGGACGAGGCUUUGUUCCUUUUGUUCCUGGUUCACCAAGAAGUACAGCAGGAGAAACCUCCGAUUUAAACAACUCAAACUGACAACUACAUUCAGGAAUGAAUUUUGCGGCGAUUGCUCAAAUACAGCCAUUUCAGGUUGACAGAAAAGAUCAGGCCAACAACUCCAAGAAUUUCUGCCCUGUUUAAGCAUAUCUGAUGAUAUGCUAAGAAGCCUGUGGAAAUAUGUAUUUUGUUUGUUUCAAUCUACCACUUGAACAUGUGCUUGGUAUCAGCUUAAAUUACUGUCAUGGGACUAGUUUGAUACUAGAUGAUAGUAUUCAUGUAAACUGACAUAUUUGAAUCACUCACAAAAUUACCCUACA